CAUAUGUAUAUCAAUUCCGAUCUAUCUCAAAAAUUAGUUGUAUUUUCAAAUUGGCUCAAAAAUCUUUUACACAUUUUUAGUUUAGGAACAUUUUAAUUUAAAAAUAAUAUAUAUCGACAUAACACUGAAAUUUACAUUUACAGUAACUGUUCAGAUGCAAUCGAAUAUCGAUAUAAAGUUAUUCGCGCAAUAAGCCAUACUGGCAACGCCACACCGUAUUCAUCCACAGGCACCGAAACUUAAAUAUAUGGUCCAAUAUAAAAAGUACAAUAAUAUACUUGCCACAUUGAUCUCUAUAUCUGCUAGUUAAAGAAAUAUGUCGGUCGCUGAUGCUCUGGAGUACCUAACCAUUGGCAAUCCUAUCAGUCGCACGAUAAUCAAUUCUUCGUCUUCAAUACUACGAGCGAUAGGUCUGCGUCCUAAGAAGCUGUCCCCGAAUAGUAAUCCUGUAGGAGCCCCAAUGCAGAUGCAACCUUUAAAUAUGUCGCUACAUCGUAUUGUCGGCAGCCACUAUAAUUUUGUUCGAAUUGCCGGCUUGGGUGGUGCAUCGGCCAUUUUUAUGGGCGCCUAUUGCAAGUACCUUCUAAAAGAUGUGAAUGAUUCCAAGGUGCAGCAAGAGUCGCAAACAUUUGCUGAUAUUGCCAAUCGUAUACAUUUCCUACAUUCGUUUGCGCUAAUGUGCAUGCCUUUGGCUCACUACCCAGUCUUUACUGGAGUCCUGAUGAUCAUGGGCACCGUAAUCUUCUCGGGCUGCAUGUAUUAUCGCGCUCUGACUGGAAAGAAGCGACUGCAGCAUUAUGCCACAAUCGGAGGUUUCUGCUUGAUUGGCGCCUGGCUGUCGCUGGUGGUGUAGGUGUGAUAUCAAUACGCACAUUAUAAGAUAUAGUACAUAGAAUUACACAUUUAACUAUAUAUAAAUAUAUAUGUAUCUAUAAUGUCAACUAAAGCUAAAGCCUAGAUGAAGUUUCGUGUGUGAAUAGA